CUGCUUCAGUCAUCCAACCAGCUACCAGCCAAGCUCGCGGCUUUGGCGGCACUCCUGAAUCUCAAAGGUGAUGGCCCUGUCGAGAUGGUUGACAACAGCAGCGGCAACAGUAGCAGCAGCAGCAGCAGCAGCAGCGCUGGGGCCAGCAGCGGCGGUGGGGGCGCCGCUGGCAAACUUGACAGUGGGCAGGCCUGCACGGCGCCCUCGCACAUCGCGGCCGCGGCGUCGCUCGCCCUGCAGCACCCGCGGCUGCUAUGCUUCUCACCCCGCGGCCUGAGCGCCAGGUUCACAGCGCUGCAGGCAGUCUCGGGGCUGCCUGCGGCAGCCGUCGCUGCUUCGGUGAGGGCACACCCUCAGAUGCUGGUCGACGCAGCUGCGCCUGAGGGGGAUAGCUAG